CACCUCCCUUUCAUAUACACUAUCAUUACUCUCCAAAUUAACCAGUCUCAAGAGUCAAAGGCCAUAACCAAGAGAGAGAAAUCUAGAGAGAGAGAGUGUGAGUGAGAAGGAUGAAGACCAACCCUUCAACUUUUGUCAAGCUUUUACUGAUAGGAUGUCUUUCAGUUGUUUGUGUUGCAGAACAAUUUGAUUUCUUCUACUUUGUCCAGCAGUGGCCGGGAUCGUAUUGUGACACAAAGAAAAGUUGCUGCUAUCCAACAACAGGGAAGCCUGCAGCUGAUUUUGGUAUUCAUGGGCUUUGGCCGAAUAACAAGGACGGUUCAUACCCCUCAAACUGCGAUCCUAACAACCCCUUUGAUCAAUCUGAGAUUUCAGAUCUAAGAAGCAGCAUGCAAAAAGAAUGGCCAACAUUAGCUUGCCCAAGCGGCAAUGGCAUAACGUUCUGGACACAUGAAUGGGAGAAACAUGGCACUUGCUCAGAGUCGUUCAUUGACCAACACGGUUACUUUGCAGCUGCUCUUAACCUCAAAAAGAAAAUAAACCUCCUCCAAGCCCUCGAAAGUGCAGGUAUAAAGCCAAAUGGGGACUCAUACACCCUACAGAACAUCAAGGGGGCAGUGAAAGAUGCAACUGGGUUCACUCCAUUUAUUGAGUGCAAUGUGGAAGAAUCUGGUAACAGCCAACUUUAUCAGGUUUACUUGUGCGUGGACACUUCUGGUUCUGACCUCAUUGAGUGUCCUGUCUUCCCCCAUGGAAAGUGCGGUGCACAAAUUGAAUUCCCAACUUUUUAGAAAUGUAGAAAGAUGACUCGCUAGCUCAGACCACAGCAUCAGCUUUGUCUAAAUUUUCAUGUAACUAUCAUUCACUAAUCAUGAAUUCUGGAUGUAGUCCCGUUUUUAAUAACCCAUUUAUGAUAAGUGUGUUUAUGCAAAAUACAAUAUAUUUUGAUGUACGAAGUUCUUGA